AAGAUCUCCAUAACAGCUACCAGCACACCCACGGGAGGCUACCGAAUCUUCUCGCCCUACACCGACGACGACACGGCAUUUGCAAACAACACGCUCUGUCCGCGAUAUGCUGAGUGCGAUCCGACAUCUGCCCCACCGUCUCCUGCAUCCAUUGAAUCGCUCGAAAUCUUCGACAACAUUCCUUGGCGAAGAGACUACAUCGCACUGGACCCGCGUACCAGGGCCAGACGCAACCGACUACGCGCAGGAUGGAUGCAGAAUAAACUCCGCGCCACAAUCGUAAUUGUGCUUUUGCUGCUCGCGGUC